CCGUGGGGUGUACACGGGGAGUGGGGCGGGGGAGAAGCUGAGGCCCAGGAGACCCCUAAGAGGACGGACCCAAGACAAUGGGGCGGUCGGGCCUCCCACUCCUCCUCCUCCUUCUCUUCCUCCUGACCCCUGAGGCUGGCGGCCAGUACGGGCUGGUCCGCGUGGUGCCCAGGGUGUCGGGGGGCUCUGGGAGUAAGGACUACUGCGCUCUGUUCAACGUGGAGGCGGUCAGCCUGCCCCGCCAUGCACACCAGGCCCCAUUCCUGCCCCUCCAUGACUGGACCUCAGAGCACUGGCAGGCUCCGCUGCCCCGCCUCGCCUCUGCCGGACCCCUUGGGCCCCUGCACGGCGCCGCCGCCCUGGUCCUGGGGGGCAACUUGAGCCUAUCGUCUGCGGGCCAGCUGGCCCAACGGCUUGGGGCCCACGGGCUGCUCGUUGUCGUCCGGAGCGGCGGCGGUGACGACGACGGCUGGUGCCCGGCCCCCUCGGCUUCCAUCCCGGGGGCCGGGGUCUCCAUCCCGGUGGCCAUCCUACGCUACGCCGAUAUGCUGGACAUCCUGAGCCGCCACCCCAGAGUGCAGGACGUGCGCGUGGCCCUCUUCAUGCCCCCCGAGCCUCCACUGGACCUCGGUCUGGUGGUCAUCUUUGCCCUGGCCGUGGGCACAGUGGCGGCAGGCGGCUACUGGGCCGGGCUGGACGAGCAGGUUCGGUCCAGGGGUGGGCAAGCCAGAGUAACCCCACGGGCUGAGCAGGAGUGGAUGGUAGUCUGGGCGGUGGCGGGGGUGGCCUGUUCUGUCCUGCUGCUGCUCUACUUCUACGACGGCCUGAUGCACGCCAUGAUCACUGCCUUCUGCCUGGGGGCAGCCGCGGGGCUGUACGGCUGCCUGGCCCCGCUGGCCCGCCGCGGCCUACCCCAGCUGCUCCUGGCUGGGCUGAGCGCCAUGGCCAGCGGGCUGUGGCUGGCCUGCCGCCAUGACCCGCCCUGGGCCUGGCCCCUGCAGGAUGCCCUGGGCGCGGCCUACUGUCUGUUGGUGCUGGGCCGCCUGCGCCUACCCUCGCUCCGGGCCUGUGCCUCGCUGCUGCUUGCCCUGUUCGCCUCCGACGUCUUCUUCGUUUUUGGCACACCCCUCUUCACCCGCGCCGGCCAGAGCCUCAUGGCCGAGCUGACCUCCGGCCCCGCCGGCUCCACCGGCUGCGAGAAGCUGCCGCUGGUCUUCAGGGUGCCCCGGCUGGGCCGCUGGCCCCUGGCCCCCUGCCGCCGGCCUUUCUCCAUUCUGGACCUUGGGGAUGUCGUGGUGCCCGGCCUGCUGGUGGCGUACUGCGGCCGCUUCGACGCCAGGUGGCAUUCAGGCCGCGUCUACUUCACAGCCUGCACCGCGGCUUACAGCCUGGGGCUGAUGCUGACCCUCGGGGCCACGGCCCUGACGCGGACUGGGCAGCCAGCCCUCCUCUACCUGGUUUCCUCCACCUUGGCCGCCAGCCUGGCCGUGGCGGUUGCCCGCCGGGAGCUCCCACUCUUCUGGGCCGGCCCCGAUGCUGCCGGGGCCCGCCCUUGCCCGGUCCCAGAGUCUGGUGGCCUUGAGCCCGGACCCUGGGGUGGCCUUGUCCGAGAGAAAGAGCGGGAUGUGGCCCGCUCUGUCUGCCCCACCGAGAACCCAGCCCAUCAGUGCGACACCAGACCUGACCUGUCAGGGACCCCCAUCUGCCCCACUGAGAGCCCUGUCCAUCAGUGCAACACCAGACUUGACCUGCUGGGGACCCCUGUCUGUCCCACCAAGAGCCCCCUCAUUCAGCAUGAUGCCAAAUCUGACCUGUUGGGGACCCCCACCUGCCCCACAGAGAGCCCGGUCCAUCUGUGCGAUGCUGGACCUGAUCUGCUGGGGACCCCCAUCUGUCCCACCGAGAGCCCCAUCCAUCACUGCGAUGCCGGACCUGACCUGCUGGGGUCCUCCGUCUGUCCCACCGAGAGCUCUGUCCAUCAGUGUGACACCGGAUCUGACCUGUUGGGGACUCCGGCGGCCACCAGACCCCAUCCCGAACCCCUCCAGCCCAGUACUCGGGCCUUGCCGGGGUUCCAUAACAAUGCCCCUGCCGUCUCCAGGGCCCAAGACCGUCCUAACCUUAGGGCCACCCCUGCCCAGAGGAGACUCCUGAGAGCCAAGCGAAGCCAUUCUGCCCAGGCAGCGCUGUGAGCCGGCCCCAGGGGUGAUGGGCUGGGGACCUGGAACCAAGUAGGCUCGCAUGAACCGUGGAGGCUGAGUGGACAGAGGAGCCAGUGUGGCUACAACAGUUGGGGCAUUAAAAACAUCCACCUCUGGA